AUGUCAAGAAUCCGUCGGUCCGGCCAGAUUUCGAUACCGUUGAUCGAAUCCGAGGCAUCGAAGCAAAACCAUGAUAAUGAGAAAUAUACAUACAUCACCGUCAACCGAUUUCGAUAUGGCUAUAGCUAUCCUCUUCGAGGAAUCACUAAAUGGCUUGCUUUAUCCAUUCUCCUCUUACAUAUUUUUCUCGCAUUGGUACAUACGGUGAUCAUCACACGCAUGGGAUGGACUAGUAAAAUACUGAAAUCUCUAUGCGAAAUUCUUGUUCUUGCCAUCAACUCGUCGCCAUCUACGGGACUGGACAAUACAUGUGCAGGUAUCGACCGGCUAGAUACAUACAAGCAAAUAGUAAAAGUCAGGGAAACAUCAUUCGAGCACUUAGGCUUGGUGAUGAAUGGAGAUGAGGAUAAGCAUACUGAGAAGGUGGUGAUAGACAAGGAGUAUGGAAGUCUAGAACAAAAGGAAACUUCUCAUUGUAAAGAAGAUUGA